GGGCAGAAGCAUAGCAGCCAUUAGAGAGAGUUGCGUGGCCUGCUUGCUUCUCUGCUUGCGAGCUUGCAGCCAUAACCAUGGCGUCUCACGCUGCAAACAACAAACUCUGUAAAUCCUCCAAAUCGACUCCAUGUGUUAUCUCACUUUUCCCCAUCGUCAUCCUUUUACUUUCUCAACGAUCAGCCGCCGUUUCUAAGCACGUUUCCAACAGUUUAAAGAAUGAUUUGUUUCCUGAAAUCUUAAGAGACGAGGCAGCAGCAAGACUUUACGAGCUCGGAAAGGUAAGUGAUGCUCAUGGCUAUCUUGAGAGGACUUUCAUGAGCCCAGCUUCUAUCAGGGCUGGGAAUCUUAUCCGUACGUGGAUGGAGGAUGCAGGUUUGACAACGUGGGUGGAUGGAUUGGGGAAUGUGCAUGGUCGAAUUCAACCACCAAAUGCUGACAACAAGGAUCUGCUAAUUGGUUCUCAUCUGGAUACUGUUGUCGAUGCUGGUAUGUUUGAUGGUGCGCUUGGUAUAAUAUCUGCUAUAUCGGCUUUGAAAGUAUUGAACAUCACAGGAAGGUUAAGGCAUCUUAGGCAUCCAGUUGAAGUAAUUGCAUUUAGUGAUGAAGAAGGAGUUAGAUUUCAAUCCACAUUUCUAGGAAGUGCAGCUAUUGCAGGUGUACUACCUGUUUCAACAUUGCAGAUAUCUGACAAGAGUGGUUUGACAGUGCAGAAUGUUUUAAAGGAAAACUUGAUAGACACUACUGAAGAAAACCUCAGUCAGCUCAAAUAUGAACCUGAGACCGUUUUGGGCUAUGUAGAGGUUCAUAUUGAACAGGGACCUGUACUGGAAUCCAUCGGUCUUCCUCUUGCUGUGGUAAAAGGAAUUGCUGGACAAACACGGUUAAAGCUAACAGUGAGAGGAUCACAAGGACAUGCCGGAACAGUUCCCAUGUCUAUGCGUCAAGACCCUAUGGUUGCUGCAGCUGAAUUAAUCGUAUCUUUAGAAAGCCUAUGUAAACGUCCACAGGAUUUUAUAUCAAGUAAAGGACACUGCAAUGCUUUUUCCGUUGAAUCUCUUUCUGGAUCUCUUGUUUGCACCGUUGGUGAAAUAUCAACUUGGCCCAGUGCGAGUAAUGUCAUUCCAGGCCAGGUAUCAUUUACCAUAGAUAUUCGUACCAUAGAUGACAUAGGAAGGGAGGCUAUCUUAUACGAGUUGUCAAAUCAGAUGCAUACCAUAUGUGAUCGUCGUUCAGUUUCUUGUUUCAUGGACCGUAAGCAUGAUGCCAAUGCUGUAAGUUGUGACGAUGGAUUAAAUUCACAGCUGAAAUCCGCAGCUUACGCUGCUUUAAAGCGCAUGACAGGUGAGGAUAUUGGUGAUGUGCCGCUGCUUAUGAGUGGUGCAGGACACGAUGCAAUGGCUCUCUCUCAUUUGACCAAGGUUGGUAUGCUAUUUGUGCGGUGUCGUGGAGGCAUUAGUCAUUCCCCGGAAGAACACGUAUUAGAAGACGAUAUUUGGGCGGCUGGUUUGGCGAUUCAAGCAUUCCUGGAGACUAACUUGUAGGUUUCCCUUGUAUGUAACAUUGAACGUGUAUAUAUGGAUUUUUCUUCAUAAGUGAUGCAGCAAUGAUUAGUUUCAUUGCUUUAUUUAUGCA